AUGUCUCAACCUGAACAACCGGCGUUCGCACCUCCUCCUUCCUCGUCAGAUUCAGUUCCUCCUCCUCCACCUCCUAUCACUGAAUCAGCCCCCGAACCCGCUUCUAUCAAACCUCUUCUAAACCCUCUUCAAUCUGAUGCACCACCUCCCUCUUCCACGUUGGUAGAACCGCCCAAGUCGCCCAACCCCUUUAACCCUGCCACGGACGAUAAGGGAAAUACCGCAGCCGCCGAAGUGAUCAAUGGAGAUGCUCAUGAACCAGAACCCACUCCUGCCCCUGUAGCCUCCUCGGAAGCACCAGCAGUGAUUUCUCCUACUCCCAUCCCUGUGUCAGAAGCCAUCUCGGUUCCUGCUGAACCCAGCAAAUCACCUUUACCUCCUGAUGCGACUGUCCCCCCCACCCCUCGAGCUGAGGACGAAGCUCCCCCCACUCUCCCUCCCGAUGCUAUCCCACCUGCCGUGCCUACCCCCAGUGUAAUCACCACCGAGGAACAAGAAGCUAAGGGCGGCAUACUCGGAGUCGAACAGCCUGCUCUACCUACUCCUGGUCCAGAGGAGACUGCUCAGGUACCAGAAGUACCGGCGGCAGUUGUGGAAGGUGGAGAACCAAUGGAGAUAGAUACGGAAAAGGAGGUAGGAGCUACCCCCACUGCUUCAGGAUUACAGUCUAGUCAAUCUGAAGGUAGUCUGAAACGAGCCGGAGAGAACCUGGAUGGUGAAAGGGAUGAGAAGAGGUUAAGGGAAGAAUCAACCAAUGUCACCACAAUUAUCCCUGCUUCUACACCUACUCCUCAGUCGAUAUCAGCUGCACCACCCGCACCUGUAUCCUCUCAACCUGCGGAACCUGCACCACCUGCUGCUGCUCCUCCAGCUGGAGACCUCACUCAACCCACUCCUGCUUGGCUCACUUAUCAACCACCUGCUCCCCGACCUUCCGGUCCCACUACCCCUCUUACUCAGCACCAGCACAAGCAUCUCCUCAACGCCGUUCGAUCAUUGAAGAAGAAGACGCCUGAUGUGUUUGCUUUCCUCCAACCUGUUGAUACCGUUGCUUUUGGUAUUCCUCACUACAACCAAAUAAUCGACCGACCCAUGGACCUAGGAACCGUGGAAACAAAGCUCAUUGCCAGUGAUCCCAGAGGUCCGCCUAAAGAUCAGAGCAAAGCGAGGAAAUGGGAUACCAGUAAAGGAGCUUACAACAGCUAUAGCGAAGUCGUCGAGGAUGUACGUCAGAUAUGGGAGAACACCAGGAAGUUCAACGGUCCCGGACACGUGGUCACUGUCGCAGCUGAUAAGCUAGAUGCUGCCUUUGAGAAUGCUCUAUCCAAAGUACCUCCUGAGCCCGUCCUCGCUCCACCUCCCGCACCCGUCGCUGCUACUCCACCUGCUGCGACUCCGGUGGCAGGACCUUCAUCCGCCAGGAGAGCAUCCAUUUCUCAACCCCCUACCAUCCGACGUAGUAGUGAUGAUUCUCGACCCAAGCGAGAGAUUCACCCCCCUCCUUCCAAAGAUCUCGCCUAUGAGGAAACGGCUGGAACAGCUCGAAAGCCCAAGAGGAGGAAUGAUCCACAGUUGCAAUGGGGUUUCAAAGUUGUCAAAAGUCUGGAAACUACUCAAAAGUUUUUCCCUGCCGCUGCUCCUUUCCUAUACCCUGUUGAGGAAAUCAUCAAAGCCAUUCCGGAUUACACCAAAGUCGUAAAGAAACCAAUUGACCUCCUUCACAUCAAGGACAAAUUGGAACAAGGCCUCUAUGAUGAAGUGAAUCAAUUGGACAGUGAUAUCAGAUUGAUGGUCAACAAUGCUUUGAAGUUCAAUCCACCUGGAGAUGCUGUCAACACCGCUGCUACUCAACUCCUACAGAUCUGGAAUGAGAAAUGGCAAACUCUACCUCCUAAACAAGAUAUCAGGGAUUCAAGUGAAGAUCCAUUGGCUGAUAAUUACGAGGAAGACGGAUACCAAAGUGAAGAUGAUAGUAAACAACUGAAAUCUCUCGAAGCUCAAGUCUCUAAUCUGAAUGAUCAGAUUGCCGAACUCCGAGCCAAAAUCGCUAAAGGUCGAGCCAACCGACCUCCUAAAUCCGCUAAACCCAAACCUACCAAAGCUGGUUCUCAGCAACGUAAACCAUCUGUUGCAAAACACUCGCCUGGUGUCAACGGCAAUGGUAACUCUGCCGCCAAAAAGUCCAAGAAAACCAAAGAAGCCGUAUACAGAGACGAAGACGAGGACAUGGAGAGUGAAGAGGAGGAUACUACCGCUAUUACCCUGACACAAAAACAAGAGUUGGCGGAGAAGAUCACUCAAGCUGAUGAACAAACUUUGCAAGAAGCUAUCACGAUCAUUCAACAGACCACCAAUCUCGGUGCUAACAACGAAGAGAUUGAACUUGAUAUUGAUUCAUUACCCGUUGCUACUGUUGCCAAGCUUUACAACCUUGUGUGCCGAGGUAGGAGAGGUGGAUCGAAACCCGGCAGGAAAUCAUUGGGUGGAGCUUCUGGAGGUCCCGGUGGAUCAGCCAAGAAAGCAGGGAAGAAGGCAUCGGGAGGAGUAACCAAGCGAAGUGUGAACGAACGGGAGGAAGCUGAGAGAAUCAGGAGAAUGGAAGCUCAAUUGCAGUCGUUCGAUUCGCGUGCCGGAGGAGUUGGACAAGGUCUCGGGUCGGGUGGUGUAGGAUAUGAAGAAGGUGAAAGUAGUUCGGAAGAAGAGAGCAGCGAUGAGGAGUAA